AUGGGGAUUGAUUGCACUCUGGCUUUCACUCAUGCUUCUUGUAACUAUGUUGAGCGUCGCCAGCUUUGGUUAGAUAUGAUUCCUUUCAUUGUGGGUCAUUUCCUUAUAAUUGGGGAUUUUAAUGCUAUCUUAGGGGCUCAUGAGCGGCGGGGGAGACGUGUCCCCGCUUCUACCCCUUGUAGUGAGUUCAGGGCCUUCAUUGAUGAACAUAACUUGAUCCAGCCAGACUCUUCGGGUCCGUUUUUCACCUGGACUGACCGUCGGAGAUUUCCUUCCCCGAUUGAAUCGGUCCUGGACCGUGCUCUUUUCUCUCAAGCUUUCGAAGAUAUGUGGUACUCUAUCAAUUCGAUGGUUCUUCCUAGACUUGGAUCCGACCACUCCCCCAUUCUGUUGAAAUGCCAGGACACGGCUACUCCUCCCAAGGGCCGUCGAUUUCGUUUUCUUAAUAUGUGGUGCUUACACGAGGGAUUCCUGGAUCAGGUCCGUGCUUCUUGGUCCCAGCCGAUGGAUUGUCUCUGCCCGAUGGUUCGGGUUAUGAAAAAGCUGAAGCGUCUUCGGCCGACUCUAAAGACUUGGAAUAAGGACACUUUUGGGAAUUACAAUGUUACCCUCGCCGAGCUUCAGCAGGAUCUGAGUUCACUUCAGGAGAAUAUUGACGAACGAGGGUAUACAGAUGAACUAUUUGAUCAAGAGGUAAACUUGCAAGCUCGCAUUGGAUCAGUCCUUCUGCGUAAGUCCGACCAUCUACGGCAGCAAAGUAGGGUCUCUUGGCUUUCUGAUGGUGAUAGGAACACUCGCUUCUUCCAUUCUAUGGUUAAGUGGCGUCGUUCCAAUCAAAAUAUUAAGAAGCUUAAUAUUGAUGGGGUUAUCUCGGAGGACCCGGGUGUCAUGGCGGCCCAUGUUAUUCAAUUUUAUGAGGAUCUCUUUUCGGAGCCGAUUUCUGCGCCGGUGGAUAGAUCUUGGAUUUCCGGUUACAUUCCGGCUUCAGUCUCACCUGCCCAGGCUGCCAUGCUCGUUGCUACUCCCUCUAAUGAGGAUAUUCGGCUUGCUGUUUUCUCCAUGGAUAGGAAUAGUGCCCCUGGACCAGACGGGUUUAACGGCGCUUUCUUUCAACAUUCGUGGGAGGUGGUUGGGGAGGACCUUAUUGCUGCCGUUCGUCGGUUCUUCACUCAUAGCUAUCUUCCCCAGGGCCUCAAUUCCAACUUGCUUUGCCUUCUCCCAAAGAAGACUGAUGCGGUUCUUGUCUCUGACUUCCGGCCUAUUGUGUUGGGAAAUUUCCUUUUCAAGGUCAUCACCAAGAUUCUUGCCUCUAGGUUGAAUGAGAUAGCUGCUGUUAUUGUCUCGGCCAAUCAGUUUGGGUUUAUCUCUGGGCGUUCUAUUCAGGAAUGUAUUCUACUGGCCUCUGAAGGAGUGAAUUGCAUGGAGCGCUCAAUUCAAGGGAGGAACAUGGCUCUUAAGGUGGAUAUUCGGAAAGCUUUCGAUACCCUGAAUUGGGAUUUUGUGGACGUUGUGCUGGAUUGCUUUGGUUUCCCUCAGACUUUCAGACACUGGAUUAGAGUUAUUUUUCUAUCUGCCAGAAUUUCAGUUCUCUUUAAUGGAGAGCAGCAUGGUUUCUUUGGUUGCUCUCGAGGUGUUCGACAGGGAGACCCUUUGUCACCGGUUCUGUUUGGUUUGGCGGAGCAGGUUCUGAGUAGUCUGCUCUCGGACGCUGCUGAUAGGGGAUUCAUUGACCGUAUGAGGAUGUCCCGCUCUUUGCUUUUUCCCUCUCAUCUCCUGUAUGCUGAUGAUGUCCUACUUUUUUGUAAAGCUACUUGGCGCAGCUGCAGGAUGAUUGAAUCGAUUCUUCAUAUAUAUGCUUUGGUUUCUGGUCAAUUCUGCAAUAAAGCCAAAUCCAAGGUUUUCUUUGGCAAAGGUGUUUCUGUUCAGCUAAGGCGUCGACUACAGCGGGAUCUGGGCUUCUCCACUGGUUCCCUUCCUUUUAUCUAUUUGGGAGUCCCCAUUUUUGCUGGUCGUGCUACUGCUGCCCGUCUUAUCAGCACUCGUGAUCGCAUCAUCGCCCAUUUUCCUAGAUGGCAGGGCAUGCAGUUAUCUAUGGCGGGCCGUCUUUGCCUCGUCACUUCAGUCAUUCAGAGCGCGGCUGUUCACAGUAUGCUGAUAUAUCGUUGGCCAGCUAAGCUUCUUCAUGAUUUGGAUAGAGCUUGUCGGUCGUUUAUUUGGACUGGCUGCACUACUUCUAGGCCAAAGUCUUCUGUGGCUUGGAAUCGUGUAUGCGCCCCCAAGACUCAGGGUGGGCUUAAUGUGAAAUCCUUUACACACAUCAGCCAGAGUUUCAUGUUGAGGUUAGGCUGGUUGCUGAUUACUGCAGACUCGAUGGGCUUUCAGUUAUUUCGCCAGCGCUAUUUGGAUGCGUGCCUAAGACCUCGAUCCCCUUGGUUCUCUUCUACGAUUUGGUUGGGCACUCGGGCUACUAUCCAGACUCUAGUCAGCGACACUCAUUGUUCUAUUGGUUCUGGUUCUACUAUUCUUUUUUGGACUGAUAAUUGGUUAGGGUAUCGUCUGGUUGAUAGAAUCGGCAUUCCGGCUACUUUUCAUCAAGCUCUUUUGCAGCCGAUCUCGGAUUACUACUUUGAUGAUACCUGGCACUUUACUUUGGAUUUUUUGCAGAUCUUUCCGGAUAUUGCCUUUGAUAUUGUCUCAGUUCCUAUUACCGAGGGAGAGGAUCGAAGAGCUUGGACCCAUUCUCAUUUUGGUGAGGUCUCCGCGUCGCUUGCUUCGGAUCAUAUUCGUCCCUGCUUUCCGACCGUUGAUUGGGGUAAGUGGAUCUGGGCUCCGUUUAUCCCAAUGAGGCGUUCCAUUGUCACUUGGCGGGUGAUUCUGGGUCGUCUUGCGACUGCUAGCUCUCUUCGUCGUUCUGGGCUGGUUGGUCCGGGCUGGUGCCCUCUCUGCCGGAAUGCGAAUGAGGAUAUUGAUCAUCUUUUUUGGAACUGUACUAUUGCUCGACAAAUCUGGCGCUCCCUUUUCAACUGGUUCAGGGUGGAUAGUCCGUUGAUUCACGACAUUGGGAGUCUGCUUCUCUGGGCGAUGAAGGUGCAGACUAGCAAACAGGUUGAAAAUCUUUGGCGAAUUGGUGUUAUGUCCACGAUUUGGAGCAUCUGGAAUAUUCGUAACAGAGUUGUGUUUGAUGAGUCUUCUGUCUCUGAGAGGGCUCUUUCGAUCCAGAUCAAAUCUUUUAUUUUGGAAACUUCCCACUUAUGUUCGGGUGAGAUGGCUAACUCUGUUGAGGACGUUCUGAUUCUUCAUGGUCUUGGGGUGCCAAGCAGACCUCGUCGCCCGACCUCUUAUGUUUAUGUUUUCUGGAUUCCGCCCCCGACUCCUUGGCGCAAAAUCAAUAUUGAUGGCUCGGUUCGUGGCUCCCCUCCUCUGAUUCACGCUGGUGGAGUUAUCAGAGAUUCUUCUAGCGUUCUGGGUUGUUUUCAUUUCUCUGCGGGACGUGGUUGGGCUUUUGAGGCAGAGCUGCUCGCCCUCAUCAUUGCUUUGGAGCAAUCUGUCAAUCAUGGUUGGAGACAUGUUUGGAUCGAGACUGACUGCGCUUAUUUGGUGGAUCUUUUCAGUUCUCGGUCAAACACGGUUCCUUGGAGGUUCUUCAGUCGCUGGCGUAAGGUUCUCUCUUCCCUUGCUGGUUUUCAUUUUAUUAUCACUCACAUCUACAGGGAAGGGAACCGGGUUGCAGAUUGUUUGGCUUCUUCUGUAGCGGAGGAAGGCUAUUGGAAUUUUACGAUCCCGGAUAUCCUACAGUUGGUGAAGGAUGACAGGCGGCAACUUCCUUACAUUCGGGUGACCAGAGCAGGGAGGAUUCAUAAUGCGUUCGGUGGGAAUCCUGUGCUGACUGCUCGGCUUAUUCCGGCCAGUGCAGAUCUCUCUAGAUGGCCUAAGCUGUCCCCUCGGGUGGAUGAGGAGGCUGAAGCUUCCGGCGAUGAGGAAUGGGUCACCGGAGAUGAAGGAGAAAGGAGUGGCACGAUGGUGUUCUGCGGCGCUAAAACUGGUGACGCGCGGCUGAGGGAGGAACUGGCAGCAGGCGGUGGUGGGCGUUCGGAACUGCAGCAGCGGGAAUGGAGGGGAAACGUGGGGAGAGUUGGAGGGCGUUCAAAAUAA